AUGGGAAUUUACUUGCAAGACGAUGAUAAUCAGAUUAAUCGAUCAAAUAACGUAACAGUACAAAGUAAGCAUGUAUCCCGAGAAAUGCGUGGUAAAAUAUUUGGCAAAUUCAAUGGAUUCCGCGGUUGCACGUUAUGGCUAACAGGACUCUCUGGGGCUGGAAAAACAUCCAUUGCAUUUAACCUAGAAAAUUAUUUAAUAAAAAACGGUAUUCCUGCUUAUUGUUUGGACGGUGAUAAUAUGAGAUCUGGAUUGAACAAAAAUUUAAACUUUAGCAAAGAAGAUCGUAAAGAAAAUAUACGAAGAUCUGCUGAAGUCGCUAAAUUAUUCGCUGACAGUGGUCAUAUAACGAUUUGUAGUUUUGUAUCACCUUUUAGUGAUGAUCGUUUUCUGGCGCGUAAACUUCAUCAGGAGGUUGGAUUAACAUUUUUUGAAAUAUUUAUUAAUGCAUCUUUGGAUGUUUGCGAAUCCCGUGACGUUAAAGGGCUUUAUAAAAAAGCACGUGAUGGUAUAAUUAAUAGUUUUACGGGCAUUGGUCAAGAUUAUCAGGUACCAAUUAAUCCUGAUUUAGUUUUAGAUACCGAAAAACAAACACUAGAGCAAUCAACAACAACUUUAAUUAAAUUUCUUGAGGACAAAAAAAUUUUGCCGACAUUACGAAAACAAAAUUAA